AUGGCCAAGGAUGAAGCUUCCAACGAAGUGGGGUCUGAUGCCUGCUCAAACUCAUCAAACUAUGAGAAUGAAGACAGUGACACUUCUCAAAGCUGUUCAGAAGGCUCGUCCGAGGUGGAUUCCUCCAGCGACCAAAAUCCAUCAAGCAGCGCCUCGAGCAAAGAGGCACGUUUGGCAGAAGAAGUAUGUCUGAAACGGAAGCAGCCAAGAGACUCUAGCUGUUCAGGGAGCUCGGAAGAGCAGUCUUCUAGCUGCUCGGAGAGCUCAUCUUGCGAAUCCAGCAAAUGUUGUCUCGAGUCAGAAUGUUGCGCCGCCGCGAACUCGGUGUCGAGCUCGGAGGACACAGAAAGCCAUGCAACAGAAUCGUCUACAGACGUAACGCCGUCCGAAGAGUCAUCCAAAACUGAAAAGGUGGAAGAGAGCAACAAGAAAAAUAAAAAUCACCCCAAGUCUCGAGAAGGUGCAAUAGCAAAGGAGGACAAGUCUGGGUGGUCGCUCUCGGAAGAUGCCCUUCUCCGGUCCAUGAAGGAAGCCAACGACGGCCUGAGCUGGGAAGACAUUGGCAACAGCCUCAGCCGAGGCAAAAACGAAUGCAAAAGUCGAUGGAAAGCCAUCAAGAAUCUGCUUUCGCCAGAUGCACUCUCCGAGAAUGGCGCAAAGCGUAACGCAGAGCCCGCAACGCAGCCGCCGACCGAAGCACAAGCCGUCCCCGCCGUGAACAGUGAUACCAAGGCUGCAGCACCUACCGAGGAGCAAGAAGCGGCAGACAGAGGCUCAACGCCAGAAGAAGACCUAACCGAGAGUGACCGUCAGCAGCAGUACUGGUACGAGCACAUAGGGCGGCCCCUCUACCCGGCGUCCCUCCGGGUCGAGCCCGACGCGCACUUUUCGCCGAGCGACUGCCGCGUGCUCGAAAUGGCCGACGCGCGCUACCGUAGCACGCGCUGGCUGGAGACGCAAGCGCGCUUCUACAAUGAGACGGGGCGCAUGGUGCCGCUGGAAGUGAUUCGGAGAAAGUGCGAGGACGCGGCGGUCAGGACCGAGGCAGACAUUGAUGGCUGGCUGAAAAGCAUUUCUAACAAGUAA